CAAGACUUUAGCCCAAGCGGUCUUGCUCCUCGUCCGCAAGUAACUACAUAGAAACACACGGAAAAGAACCCCGCGGCCGCCUGAACUGCAUCUACAGCCUGCCGAGGCGACAAAAUGAGUGUAUUCCAGUUUAUCUUAGCAUUCACCGCGUGUCUCCUGCUUGCUUCGUCGCUGGCUUUCGAAUCGGAUGAGCUUCUCAUCGACGACGAAGAAUUUGGCCUCGAGGGAGGGCUCGCUCGGACUCAAUCACCGCCUCCCACCGCUACUACCACCUCUCGAAAGAGGUUUUCCGAAUCCGGAUCAGACUCCAAGAUCCAGUUCGACCUCGAACACGCUUUUGGAGACUCCCUGUUCUCUGGCGCCGGCAAUUUUUCUGCUCGCCUUAAGAUAUGGAAUCACGGCGGCCAGACACUCACAAAGCUGCGGUUUUUAAGAAACUCUUUCAAUAAAAUUGAGCAGAAUAAUUUUGAAAAGCUGUUGCAAGAAGAUGAUUUCUAUAGGAUAAGACUGCCGUCCAAUGUUUUGAGCCCUCCUGGUAGGGACUAUAUUAUAUCCUCAGUGAAAGCUCGAUGUCUUACAGGAGAAGGUUUAGAGGAGAAUUUUGUAAUACACAUGGAAGGCCUUAGCAUUGUGGCUGUCAAUUAUGGUGCCCUUGGAGCAUGCCCUUAUCCCCGACAAUUGAAGCUGCCUUCAAGGUGGUCUUUCAGGUCACACACAGUAUUGAGGAACAGUGAACAAGCACCAAGGGCUCCCGUAUUUUCUGAAGAUGUAGUUGGUGGUGGGGAUGGAGAGAGUGAAGUUGUGAAGCCGCCAGAGAGGUCCUUCUGGGCUAAAUAUUGGAUGUACUUGAUCCCGCUAGGACUCAUUAUUAUGAAUGCCAUUACCCAAGCAAUGAAUAUGCCAGAGGAGCCGGCUGCUGGCCAAGCAGGUGCUGAGACCCAUCGUGGAACAAAUUCUGCUGUGCGCAGAAGAUGACUGAUUUAGCUUCACCCUGGGUGAUAAUAUCUGAAUUAUGAUGGAAACAAAACUUUGAGUGGUGGUUAAACAUUUUUCAGGUAUUGUUCAAUUAUCGAAAGUUCGUAUGUUAGUGAUGAUAUAUUGAAAUUUAGGUACAACUAUGUAAUUUUGAUACAUUGAGCUUAUCAUCUUCCCUGAUCAUGUA